AUGUCUCUCACAUCACCAAAAGAAAUUUGGGAUUAUUUGAAGAAAGAAUAUGUUGCAGAUGAGAGAAUACGAGGGAUGCAAGUAUUAAAUUUGAUAAGGGAGUUUGAGUUGCAGAGAAUGAAAGAAUCCGAGACUAUCAAAGAGUACACAGACAGAUUGCUUGGCAUUGUUAACAAGGCACAGGAGCAAAGGAGGCUUAUGAGGCAAGAUGGUAUGGUUGAAGGAGCCUUAGCAGCCAACCACAAAACUCAAAGCACGGGUAAAAAUUUGAAAAAUUACCUACCUUGCCAAAGACUUGUGGAAAAAUGGGACAUCCACCAUUCAGAUGUUGAAAGAGGCCAGACGCAAAGUGUAACAAGUAAACAUGAGGCAGAUGCACGUGUAGCCGAUGAAGAAGAAGACCACCAUCUUUUUGUUGCAAUGUGUAUAUCAAGUAAGGUUUCAAUAAAUUCUUGGUUGAUUGAUAGCGGUUGCACUAACCAUAUGACUUAUGACAAGAGUUUAUUCAAAGAGUUAAAACCCACUGAAAUAUCUAAAGUUAGGAUCGGAAAUGGUGACCAGAUUCUUAUUGAAGGAAAAGGAACCGUUGUCAUUAAAACAAGUUCAGGUAAUAAGACAAUUUCAGAUGUUCUUUAUGUACCUAAUAUUGAUCAGAACUUGUUGAGUAUUUGUCAGUUGGUAGAAAAAAGAUUCAAAGUAUCCUUUGAGGAUAAGCAUUGUUUCAUCAAUGAUGUUACUGGAAAAGAAAUUUUAAAAAUUAAGAUGAGAGGUAAGAAUUUCUCAUUUGAUCCAAUGGAAGAUGUUCCUGUAGAACAAGCAAAGGAUCAAAGGCCUAAAAAAUCAGAAGAUGAUACUCCAAUUGAAAAAGCAGAAACAAAAAGUGAACCUAGGCUUAAAAAAGCUUGCAAUGUUCCAAAAAGAAUUAAAGCAAUGGAGGAGCUGUCAAUGUUUCAGGAAAAUAAAAUUGACAAGCUUAAAGUCAAGAUGCAAACGGAGUAG